AUGUCUGGAGCCUUCAAAAGAUUUCGAGCUCGGGAUCCUGCCCUCGAUUCAGAAAGCAUUCCUUCCGCUAACGAUUCCAUCGUGACAUCACACAAUCGAUCUGAUACUAUUGAAAAGGUGGAAGAGAAGGAUGUCGCAACAUCAACUGCUCGUGAUAUUCAAGAGGCAGAAGCAAAUCGCAAAUUAGCAGCAUUCGAGCAACUUCAUCGAUGGGAUCCAAAUUUGGGCCACGACCAAUUGGAAGAAAUUGAUGAUGCUGUCAAUAGCCGAGAUGCAAAUGCAGAGGGAAGGGUUUAUGAUGAAGUGUUUGAGAACUCACCGUACCCUGAGGUUCGUGCAGCGGUCAGAAAUUAUGACGAAGAUCUCCCAUCUAACACAAUUCGAGCAUGGGCAAUCGGGCUCUUGCUCUGCACUAUUGCAUCCGGUCUAAACUCUCUCUUCUCGCUUCGAGCUCCUUCAUUAACAAUUACAUCCAUCGUCGUUCAAAUGGUGGCAUACCCUCUCGGAGUAGGCUGGACUAUGAUAUUCCCAGAUCGAACCUAUAACACAUUUGGAGUAAAAUGGAACCUCAGCCCCGGAAAAUUCAACAUGAAGGAACAUGGUCUUAUAGUAAUCAUGGCAAAUGCUGCCUUCGGACAGGGAGUAGCAUAUUUCACCGACACACUUACCGCGCAAAGAGGAUUCUACGGACAGAACUUUGGCUGGGGUUUCAAUAUCCUGCUUGCGCUCACCACACAAUGCAUUGGAUUUGGAAUCGCAGGCAUGAUGCGGAAAUUCCUCGUCGACCCGGCUUCUAUGAUCUGGCCGCAAACACUCGUUAAUACUUCUUUCAUUUAUGCCUUGCAUGACCAUAGUAAGACCGAUCCUGCGAAGUCAAAUGGUUGGUCUAUAGCUAGAUAUAGAUAUUUCCUCUAUGUUUUUGUUGGAUCCUUUGUCUGGUAUUGGUUUCCUGGCUACAUAGCAAAAUUCUUGAGUGUAUUUGCUUUUACUACCUGGAUUCGACCGAAUAAUGUUAUUGUUAACCAGGUCUUUGGUGGAUGGACGGGUAUUUCUCUUAUUCCUAUUACCUUUGAUUGGACUCAAAUUACUGGCUAUAAUCUACAGUCUCCACUCAUUCCACCUUGGUUUGCCAUUGCUAACACAGCCAUCGGUACUGUUUUUUGGUUCAUGAUUGUGACGGCUGGAAUUCACUUCUCGGGUCAUUGGUAUGCUAAAUGGUUACCUAUCUCCGACUCAAAUAGUUAUGAUAAUACUGCAAAACAUUAUAAUGUUACCAAGAUUCUAACCCCAGAAUAUACGCUCGAUAUUGAGAAGUAUAAGGAAUACUCACCCUUGUUUCUUUCAACCACGUUCAGCCUUUGCUAUGGUUUAUCCUUUGCAGCUAUUUCUGCAGUGAUAUUUCAUACUAUUUUGUUUCAUGGCCAAGAAAUCUGGAUACUCGCCCGUGCGAUACGCGGAAGUCUAGACGAUAAUCACACAAAAAUGAUGCGGAAAUACAAACCUGUACCCGGCUGGUGGUAUAUUACCUUCUUUCUCAUAAUGAUGGCUAUGGCCCUUGCAGCCGUAUGUGCAUAUCCAACUCAUCUCACAUGGUGGGCACUAAUUAUCGCUCUCCUAAUUUCUCUCGUCUGGACUAUCCCCAUCGGUAUUAUCUACGCAACCACCAAUGUUCAUCUUGGUCUCAAUGUGUUCACAGAAUACAUAGUAGGAUAUAUGCUUCCUGGUCGUCCUGUCGCUCUCAUGUUAUUUAAAACUUACGGAUACAUUACUAUGAACCAAGCACAUGCUUUUCUAUCCGAUUUGAAACUCGCUCAUUACCUUAAGAUUCCUCAAAGGCCAGUCUUUUGGGGUCAACUAGCUGCCACGGUUUGGAGUUGUUUCGUCCAGCUAGCGGUCUUGGAGUGGGCAUUAGGUCAUAUUGAUGGCAUAUGUACCAGUAGCCAAAAAAACAACUUCACCUGUCCCGGCCCUCGAGUCUUCUUCAACGCCAGUGUAAUAUUCGGAUUAAUUGGACCUCAGCGCAUUUUCGGUAGUGGAGCCAUCUAUGGAUCUCUCCAAUAUUUCUGGCUGGCAGGUGCACUCCUUCCCUUCCUCGUAUAUUUCCUCGCACGCGCAUUCCCCAAAUCCAAGGUUCGAUAUUUCAGCGCCCCGAUCUUCUUCGGCGGUAUGUCUGAAUUACCACCUGCUACUCCGCUUAAUUAUUUGAGUUGGUGUUUGUAUGGAUUUAUUUUCCAGAAAUAUAUUAAGAAUCGUUGGAGAGGGUGGUGGAUGCGUUUUAAUUAUAUUACGAGCGCGGGAUUGGAUGCUGGGUUGGCGAUUUGUACGAUUGUUAUUAUUGCGGCGUUGAAUUUGACGGGGACGGGGUUUCCGAAUUGGUGGGGUAAUAGGGCACCGGCGAGUACGAUGGAUUAUCUGGAGACGGCUGUGCAGAGGAAGGUCGCUGCUGGGGAGACUUUUGGACCACCAAAAGGAACUUGGGGUUAG